GGGAGCAUGGAGGCGGAGGCCGCGGGCAGGGCAGCAGCAGGCAUUUACCCAGUGGAUAUUUUGGAAGAUGACCCUGCUGGGCAUCGGGAAGCGGCUCUGGCUUACCGUGCCACUCUUGGGGAAGGAGCAUGGCCCUCACCAGAGGUUUUCUCUCUUCCCACUGGGGAGCAGGUUAAACUUGAAGCUUCGUCUGUUUGCUUUUGCACUGUGCACUGUGAUGAACCUCAACAUAAAAUCUUGGUCUUGGUUAAUCCCCAGGACACAAAGACAGUUGUGGCUGUUUACAUGAAGGAGUCCUGGUGGACCACUGAAGAUGUACUAAGAACCUCUGAUCCUGCAAGAGAAGGUCUGAUGAAGGUUCAGUCAUUUGGGGAAAGGAUUGUGCUUUUUAUUCUAAACGUCGUUAUUUUUGGAAGACUGGAGAGGAAUUUGGAUGAUGAUGACAUGUUUUUUUUACCUCACUCUGUGAAGGAGGAGGCUAAAAUUCUGUGGAGAGACGGAGCAGCUGUUGGAUUUUACACAACCAAAAGGAAAGGCAGCCUGUGUGGUGAUGGCACGGGUCUGUGCUACCUGCUGCCUGUCUUAGACACCGUGUUUGUCCGGAGGAGCCAUCGCCGCCAGGGCCUGGGCCUGGCCAUGCUGAGGGACUUCUGCCAGACGUUCCGAGAGGACGAGGCCCUGGGCAUCAGCUGGCCCAUCUCUCCUGCCAUGUACCAAGUCUGUAGGAAGUUCCUGGCGGCACAUCCAGAGGAGCGGGGGCGCCUGUGGGAGGCGGAGCCCCCAGGAGCCUGGGGCCAGCGAGUCAACAUCUGGCUGAAGGUUCAGCUUCAACAGGCAAGGCGUCCAGAUUCUCACCCAGGAAAUUCCAAGGAGGAAAUGACUGCUCUUGGGUGCACUUCUCAAGACGGUGGACCCGGAAUAUCCCAUAAUGGAGAAGACAACAAGGAGAGGAUCAGUGGAGAAGAAGUGGAGAAGAAUGAUCAAGAUUGCGCAGUGACAGAAGCAGCUGGGUGGCUUGCGAGAGCAUGCUGGGCUGAGCAGGAGGGGAAGGAAGCCAAGAGGACGGCGGUGGAUGCUGGGCUGCCCCCAGGGUCGUGGCGGAAGCACAUGCGUCCUAGCUCCUAACCCCUAACUCGCAGAGGCUGAGCUGAGUCCACCGAGAGGCUUGCCUAGGCUCCAGGGGACGUGGGUUUGAGAGCUACCUGCCACUCCAUGCUCCUGUCGCUGGGAGCUGGCCUCUGUCCUUGCUGUGCUGUCAUUUGAGGAGCAAAUGACCACACAGACCUUCCUACCUCAGGCUUGAUGUGUGGGCUCAGGUGAUGGGAAGCCUGAGAAGCCCCCCAUUUAAUCCGAAGAUGCUGUACAGGGACAAGUAAUCAUUUUCCCACGCUCAGAUUUCAGAAGCCCAUUCGUUAAACCUAACAUGGUUUCUCUUGCUCAGGAUGAAUUUGUGAAGACUGCACUGGAACCACAUGACUACGCCUCUUUCUUCAGCACAAGGAAGCCCAGGGCUGCCCCGUCCACACUGCAGAAAUCCCUCUGGGGUUUGCCCAUGACAGCUCUGCUGUAACUGCGAGACCCCAGACACCAGAGGGGUUUCCAAGGAGACAUGUUUCUUUCUGGAGAAGCUUCAGCCACGUCGGAAGCUCCCUGAGGUCAGGACCAGGCUGCCUGGUGCACACCCAGGCCUCUGGCUCACGUCUGGCUGGCGCAGGAGGCGCUCAGAGUGGACUCCAGGCGGGCACCAGGAUCGUAGCAGCACCUACUUCCCAAGGGAACCACCAGAGGGGACUUCAGGCUGAUGGCCCUUCUAUAGUAUUGGUGACUUCAGCGGACAGGCUUGUGCUAAUAAAGGUGACUGUAAAGGUGACAUCCUGGCCUGCAUGUGACAGCAGCCCCCCUUUCUACAUACCUACACAGCCCUGCUCCGGCACGUGCCCAGCCGCCGUCAGGGUUCCUGCCCCCCCAGACCUCAGUGAGGACAGGCGAGGCUGGCCGUGGCAAGUGCUGAAGCCUGUUCACAGGGCAAGGCACAGUCCAGGCAGCUUCACGAGGUCUCAGAGCCUGUCUCCUGAGAUCGGGAUGGGCUUUCUCCGCAGUCAGCAUGGGCUCUCCCAGGGUCAGCAGGAUUCUUUCCAGGGAAGGCUGGUCAGGUCGUCCUGGGGCGGGCAACCCAAGUGCCGCCUUGACUUCUGGGGAGUGCAAACCUGAUUGUAUCACCAAGGACACCCCACCCCCUCUGUGGCUCGACACUGUCUUUGCAGCACUCAGGGCCUGUCACAGAGGGCCCCGCUGACGCCGCACCUGCCUCUGGGCUCGCCCGCCCUGUCUUCUGUUGCCUGGCUGCCUGGGCCUCUCCAUCCUCAGACACACCAGGGUCUCACUUA